UUUACCUGGAAUGGCAGUCUGCCACAUCCUGUCCAGCCGCUCCUUGGCCUGUUGUGUUGUGCCUGCUUCUUCUGUCCACACCAGGCCUUCAGUGGGCACUUCCUCCCUUUAUUCCUGGCAUGCCUCACGGCAGGCGCCCCAUUGGCAAAGCCCUGGUAAUCCUGUCCAGAUGGCAGCCAGUUUCACCAGUGCGCACCCUUGGCAACAGAUGGUACCUUGACAUGGCCCCUUGGUGGAUUCCUGGAUUAAGAGGCUUUGCUGUGGGAACUGCAUGUGUGUGUGCACCACCGUGGAGCAGAACAGUACAGCUAAUGAUUCUUCUGGCAGUGAGCCUACAGAAAGGGGUCCUCCAGCUGGAUGCAUACCAGCCCGGCCACUCAGGACGGACUUCCACAGGGUUCCUAGGUAACCUGGUACCUUUGAUGGCUCUCCAUGACUUCUAGACUGCUUUUUGACCCUGCUGGGUGAUUAUAUCUUCUACUUUGAGUGCUACCAAGGCAAUCUCAGCUGUGUCUGAGAGAGCCUCUGUUGACUGAGAGGCCUAGCCUGGGCCUGGGCAGCCCCUUGUCUCAAUAGGGACCUGCCCUUGACUGAUGAUCAUGAGCUCUUCUGCUGAGAUCUCAAAGAAGUUAUUCAAGACCCAAACAGUUUUGUUGAGCCCCAUGCCGCUGUCUCCUGUCCUCUGCCUUCCACAUCAAGCCAGCCACCAGUGGCCCACAGCUGCCACAGUAAGGCAGGACUUACUCUCAGUGGCCUCAGCACUCAAUGUGGGUGCUCCCCUGAGGCCUGCCUUAGCUGCUCCCUCCAACCCCUGGUUGAUGCAAGUCUAACCCUGUGUCCAGAAGGGCCGGCCUGAUCAGCAGCUGGCCAACAAAUUGGACCCCAAGAGGCCCUGACCCAGUCUAGUUUUGCAUUUAGCCCUUUUUGUAGUGCUGUGAGGCCAGUUGCCUCCCAUCCAAAGGAGGCAGCCCCCAAACUUGUCUCAGUACCUUAAAAAUCUGUUAACUCCACUUCUUGGAAGCUAGAAUCAGCUUAUCUUGGGAGUUAGAACCCCAGAAAACAGAGGAGAGUUCUAAAACAUAAGAAGACCAGGAAGUGU